AUGGAAUGGGCGGGGGCAAGAGGACCCCGGUGCAGCGUCCCCGACUGCACGAAGUCUGGGUUUGCGGUGGUGACGUGCAAGUCGUGCCAGAAACCGGUUUGUGUGCCCCAUCAAGUACCCGACGAACAUGACUGCCGGAACGAGGAGUUGCCGAAAAAGCGCACGGGACGGGCGAAGGCGCUUCUCGGGGGCGACAGCUGCGUCAUAGCC